AUGCAGCGAAGACGGAGUUCUAAGACCCCAAAGCAGCCUCUGCAAGUUCUUCAGAAAAAUCAAACUGAUCUCUCCGCGUGGCGGAAAGAAGGGAAAACUGACUCUGCAAAGAGUGUCUGGAACCAUCAAUCUCCGAAAGACCAGAAAAACGACAACGAGCAAGACUCCCUUGAGCAAGCUUUGAGCUUCUUUGAGAAAGUUCAAGACCGUGUUUCGCUGAAAAAGAGCAGUGCUCUGCAGAAACACUUGGCUGCUGUGGAAACUGUUGCCCUGCAGAGCGGAUUACCCCCUGAGGGAUUUGAUGUGUUGCUGAACGUGGCGCUCAGUGGCAAACUUGCUGAUACAGUGAAUACUCGUAUAUUGAAGAGCCUGGUUCCAGCUUCAGUAAUACCAGAAGAUGCUGUAGUUUCAGCUGUAUCUUGGCUCUGUGUUGGCAAAUGCUCAGGCAACGUCCAGCUCCUUUUUUUAAGAUGGCUGAUCACGGUGUUUGACUUCAUCGAUCGUAAGGAACAACUUCAUGCCCUCUACGGUUUCUUCUUUUCCUUCUUGCAAGAUGAGAAGAUGUGCCCCUACGUCUGCCACGUACUCUACCUGCUGACCAGGAAAGAAAGUGUCAAGCCUUUUCGGGUUAGGAGACUGCUUGACCUCCAGGUGAAAAUGGGAAUGCAGUCUCACCUGCAGGCUCUGCUGUCACUUUACAAACUCUUCUGUCCUGAGCUGGUGACCAUAAACCUUCCUAAGAAAGCGAAGACUUACUUCAAGAAUGCAGAAGGCCCGUGGAAAGCAGCAAUCAACGCAAUAAAGCGAAGAAAGCAGGAAAACUCUCCAGUGUCCCAGGCGCUGUUUUUAGGCACGGCUCCACCUCAGUCACGAAAAAGGAAAUGGAAUAGCCAACUGAUCAUAUAUGCGAGCAGCGUGGACAGAAAUAAUUUGGAGGAGGACAGGCAAAACAACUGUGGUGAUUUGUGUAGCCAGUCUCUUCCGCUGGAGCGGCUGCAGACUUUUUCUCAGCUCCUACACAAUAUCCACCGCCUAGAGUUUCCUUCCCGAAUGGGUUCAGUGCUAACGAACCCCUUGCUGCUUCACUACAUGAAUUGUGUCAAAGACGAAUCUAUUUACCUGAGGCUCUACUAUUGGAUGGGUCAGGUUCUUCAAGAAGAAUGCACCUGGUGCGUGGCUGGUAACAGUGAAUAUGAAGAAGAAUUCAAGGACUUCCUAGAAACUGUCUACAAGACGGAGUGUUUCUUGCAGGAGGGAUUUUCUUCCUGUGAAGAGUUCCUGUAUAAGACCCUUCCUCUCUGGGACGGCUUCUGCUGCCGAUCACAAAUCCUCAGACUUGUGAGUUGGAUCCCCCUUAGCAGCUUCUCUGAAAUGAAGUCAAAUCUCUAUGAUCCCCUGUCCCAGCUCUUUUUAACGUCGUCCCUUUACUUUAAGUGCAGUGUUCUUGAGAGCCUGAGGGAGCUGUUGCAGAACUGGUUAAACUGGCACAUGGUUUACCUAGAUUCAGAAUCUGACUCUCAAGGCCAUUCUUCGAAUACCACCCUCUCUGGGCUCGUGGACGCGGUGGCUGAGCUGAUCCACUUUGUUGGAGGGAUCUCUACUGUCGCGUUGCAGUUGGAAGACAACGCCACUUUCUUGCUGUAUUUCAUCCUGAAUUUCUAUGAGACUGUGUGUGACGUGUACCUGAAGUACAAUCUGCCUUUGUUGAUAAUGCCUCCUGCUGGAGUUUUCUACCCAGCGCUUCUCAGCAUGGAUUCUGUCAACUUGAAUCAGCUCUGCUACAUUAUGUACAGGUAUCGAACAAACUUGGUGGCUGCAAAACAAAAUGAGCUGAGUAAAAAGAAGAUACUGCAAUUCAAGUUCAGCAGCCGGACGUACCAAGAGUACAACCAGUACAUAAUAGCGAUGGUGGGUUGUCUGUGGACAUCCAGCGUGUUCCAGAAGGAUAUACAUCCUCAGGGUCUUCGUAUGGAUGACGAGCUGCUGAAAAAAACCACAGUGCAGGAAUUCAAAACCAGCUUUAACAUUGUCUACCACCCAGCCAUGAUGGGCUAUGCUGUCCUCUUCCUGCAGCAGGCUUGGCCAGAUGACACCACCCUCAACUUCAGCUUAAUUAAGGGAAAGACGUGGAACUGGUACCUGGAAUACCUCUACGCUGAAGGUUUAAAGGGUCUGAAACUCUUUAUUGAAAGCAGCAUCAGUCGUGUUUCCCAGGCCUCUCACGGUAAAGCAGGAAACGUGCAAGCGUGA